GGUGGUGUCUUGAUGAAAGAGGACACGGGCGAGCUUUUUGCGCCUGCUUGGUCGAGCCCGCUCGGGCAGCAUUUGGGUGGGCCUUCGCGAACGCGCGUGUACGGCUUCUUCUAGGGAAGGUUCCGGAGCUUAGGCGCGUUCCCGGCUUUAGUUAAGCGCGUUCUUCUCCGGUCGCUCCUUCUCUCCUGUCACUCCCCCUCCUCCCGGCUCUAGUGAGCGAGACUUUCCAGCGAGCUCUCCUUGCAGCAGAGUUAACAGCCGCAGCACCAGGUGACCCUUCUGAUAGGAUGGCUGAUCAACAUCAGGACUUCAGUAUGCCAGAUGAUCAUUUGGUGAGCCAAGCUAGGUGGAAUCCGACAGGCACUCCCCUCCAUAUACCAAUUGAUGAUGGAUCUGAUGAACCAGGGUCUGAAGCUUCUGAUGCUAAGAGUACCCCAACUGUGGAAGCUGAGGAAGCAGGCAUAGUUUGUACUCCUAACCAUGAAGACCAUGCUUCGGGGGAUGCUCAAGCUCACAUUGACAGCAGAGAUAAAAAUGAAAUUGGGACUGAAGAGCCAAAAUCAAAGACAUCUAUACCUUCCUCUGUCAAAAUCCCACAAGGUAGAUCUUCCAUUACCCCCAAACGCAACUCCUCUAUUAGUUCUAUUCCCUUGAAAAAACCCUCCAAUCCUUCCAAGUCCUCAUCAUCUACCCCUAAAUGCAUCUCUUCUAUCGCAUCCCGAUCAACCAGUACAGGAAUAAAAGGAAAAAACAACAAGGGUCCAGAUAUGAAAAGUGCAUCGAAGAUAGCAACUCCACGCUCUGCUGUGGCACAGAAUCAGAAGAGCCCAGCCAGUGCAUCUCGAAUCCCUUCCAAAACUCCCACUGUUCCUAAAACACCACCGAGCCUCAUUGCUAAGAAGGAGCAGAGAAGGCCCCCUAGCACAGCAGCAAAAACUGAGAGAGGUGAACCAACCAAGUCUGGAGAGAGAAGUGGGUACAGCAGUCCUGGAUCUCCAGGAACCCCUGGCAGUCGUUCUCGCACACCAUCCUUGCCAACUCCACCAAACAGGGAGCCCAAGAAGGUUGCAGUGGUUCGUACACCACCAAAAUCCCCUUCUUCUGCCAAGAGCCGCCUGCAGACAGCUCCGGUCCCCAUGCCAGACCUGAAGAAUAUCAAGUCCAAAAUUGGUUCGACUGACAACUUAAAGCAUCAGCCUGGAGGUGGAAAGGUGCAGGUGCUUAAUAAGAAGCUGAACUUUAGCCAUGUCCAAUCCAGGUGUGGAUCAAAGGAUAAUAUCAAACAUAUCCCAGGAGGAGGCAGUAUACAAAUUGUAUACAAGCCAGUGGAUCUUAGCCAUGUAACAUCCAAAUGUGGGUCUCUGGAUAACAUUCAUCACAAACCAGGUGGUGGGCUGGUAGAGGUGAAAUCUGAGAAACUGGAUUUCAAAGAUAAAGUGCAAUCAAAAAUUGGGUCAUUAGAUAACAUCACCCAUAUUCCCGGAGGAGGAAAUAAGAAGAUUGAGAGCCACAAGUUGACCUUUCGUGAGAACGCCAAAGCCAAGACUGAUCAUGGAGCUGAAAUUGUCUACAAAUCACCCACUGUUUCUGGAGAUGCUUCUCCUCGUCGCCUUAGCAAUGUCUCUUCGACUGGAAGCAUCAACAUGGUGGACUCCCCUCAACUGGCCACAUUGGCCGAUGAAGUUUCUGCUUCCCUGGCCAAGCAAGGCUUGUGAUUGUAUUGUAGUGGUUGGAGAUAAUAAGAGAAAAAUUAACUCUGGCCUUUCUUUCUGUUCUUUUUCCCCCCAUCUACAUCCCUCAUCAUUCCUAUUUAUUUUAAGUUAAUAUAAACUCUAAUCUGUUCUCUCUUUUUCCUUUAGUUAAACGGUCAUCUGUGGUUUUAGAAUUUCAUAAUAAUUAACAACUUGGAAGCAAAGAUUUCCAUCCUAUAUGGAAUAUGCUAUUUAAAAAGUCUCCCAUCACUUCACCUCACCUCAAAACAAAAAGAAAUGUAAUUGAAUACAGAUAAAUUUGUGAAGUUUGAAAUCUCAACCUUGGAGAUGUAAAAUGAUAUAUUCUGCUGUACAUGCUCAUUAUUUGGCCAAGUUUUUCCAUUGAAAUUUAAGGCAUAGAAGCCUUGUGACCACCUUAACAAUUAUGGCUGCUGAUUUAGUAUAGAAGUUAAUGCAGGUCCAGAGAUUUCCAGUGUACAAGCAGUACAACCUUCUACUUCAAAUGUCUCUCCUGCUAGAGCUGGAAUGCUAGGCUUUAAUAUUUGAAGUAUAUUUCUUCCUUUGAAGGAGAAAUUUUGAUAUAGGAAAGAGAGCUUUUGAAAGGACUGUUAUGUUACAUAUGCAUCCAUUCUUUUUGGUACUGAAAAUUUUUGUGAACCAGGUUCAAGUUCAAGAUAGAACUGCAUGCUUUGGAUAAUUAAGACAUAAGCCAAAACUGCCUUGAAAGCCUGCAGAAUGCCAGUUCUCUUUAAUUGAAAUGAUGUAUUUUAAAGGCGAUAGCUUAUCUAUUUUUUGUUUCUACCUAAAAUUAACCUUUGACUUUAGGCUAUAUAAUCAUCCUACUAAAAUAAUUGGACUUAAUUAAUUUCUUAUAUGCUAAGUUCUCUUAAUUUUAUCGAAUCAGUUACAUUCUUUUUUCUCUUUUUCAAGCAGUAACUAUUGCCUCUCUUUUGCCCAUCUCACCUUCAACCUCCAUGAUUUUGUCACACCAUAAAAAUUUGUCCAGAGUUGCUGGGGAAGAAGCAAAUUUGCCUUUGUGUUCAGCCCAAUUGGCCUGGUUGUUCCAAUGUUUUUUGUAAAUGUAGAAAUUUGUGAGAUAGAGGUAUGGCUCUAGGCAUAUUUAAAAAUAAAGGAAUUGAUGUACUUA